GAUACAAAGUCCCGCCCGCUCCGCCAGAGAUUGUUACAGCGACUGUAACAGCUGAGCCCGGGCUACACAGACAGACAGACAGACAGCGCUGCCCGAGGGUCUCUCCCCCCCGGUCUCUGUGUCUGUGUCUGUGUCUGUCCCGCGGCCGCUGGUCUAGACGGCGGCGGCGACAAUGGCGGAGAAACGCGUCUCCCGCUGGUAUUUCGGCGGCUUGGCAUCGUGCGGGGCGGCGUGUUGUACUCACCCCCUGGACCUGCUCAAGGUUCACCUGCAGACUCAGCAGGAGGUGCGGAUGGGCAUGACGGGGAUGGCCCUGCAGGUGGUCCGCAAUGAUGGAAUCCUCGCCCUCUACAGUGGUCUCAGCGCCUCACUCUGCAGACAGAUGACCUACUCUAUGACUCGCUUCGCCAUCUACGAGACGGUGAGAGACCACAUCGCGGGCGACACCAACUGCCCCCUCCCCUUCUACCAGAAGGUUCUGUUGGCGGCGUUCGGAGGGUUCACCGGGGGGUUUGUGGGUACGCCGGCCGACAUGGUCAACGUCAGGAUGCAGAACGACGUGAAGUUGCCGCCAGAGCUGCGCAGGAACUACAAGCACGCAUUGGACGGGAUUUACCGAGUUUUCAGGGAAGAGGGAGCGAGGAGGCUGUUCUCGGGGGCAUCAAUGGCAUCGAGUCGGGGGGCUCUCGUCACCAUCGGGCAGUUGUCCUGCUAUGACCAGGCAAAGCAGCUCGUGCUCAGCACCGGCCUCCUCAACGACAACAUCCUCACACACUUCCUCUCCAGCUUCAUCGCCGGAGGUUGUGCCACUUUCCUCUGCCAACCGCUCGAUGUUCUCAAGACCCGGCUGAUGAGCUCCAAGGGGGAGUAUCGGGGCGUGUGGCACUGCCUGCAGGAGACGGCCCGUCUGGGACCCUUGGGCUUCUACAAGGGCUUUGUUCCGGCCGCCAUCCGUCUGGUUCCCCACACGGUCCUGACCUUUCUCUUCCUCGAGCAGCUCCGCACGCACUUCGGCCUCCUGGUGCCCGCCUCACGCCCUCGACUCCCCCCCCCUCCCCUCGCCUGAGCCCCGGGACCACUAGUGUCCGGAGUUCGUCUGGGGAACCUGUUGCCGGGGCUGGAGUCUGGGAACGGCAACGUCACCCCCACCGACACACACACAGGCCUUUCAUUACUAGUGGCAACGGGCAACAUGGACUCUCCAUGGGCUAGUGGGGACAGGUCACCUCCCCAAACCCCCUCCCCUCUCUCUCUCCCUCCCUCCCUCCCUCCCUCCCUCCCUCCCUCCCUCUCCCCUUCCCUCGUCCUCCAGUGAUCCAAUGCCAUGUGUUUUACCGUCUCCAUGGAGACCGGGCCCCAGUCGGCCGUGGGUCCCCAUGAGGGCACCCCAGGGUGGGGGUGGGGGUGGGGAGCAGAGGGUGAUACGGGCCCGAGCUGGGUGGGUGCCAGUGAGGGGACAGGGGGCAGCGAGUGGCCACUUCAACCCACAUUCCGUCAGCAUUCACCCUGAGACCACAGACUCAUCUCAUUCCGAGCUCAAGAUCAAGAUUAAACACAAAACUAAUUCAUUGCAAAAUCUUUAUGAGCUGCACAUUCAGUGUCGAAUAUCAAAUAGGAAUAUCUAAACUAAACUAAAAAAUAUAUUUUGCAAUAAAGACAGUAAUAUAG